UUUUCUCCGGUAUCUAUUCUGGUAUGCAUCCAUGUCGUUAGUCUCUAUUACCUUCAGUCUUUUCUAUUUAUAUUAUUUAUAAACAUACAGUAUUGGUGACAGCAUUCGCCUCUUCCUACCUCACUAGUCUCCAUAUCCUUCUAUAUGCUAGAUGGGGCCGCAAAAGCCAAAAGACCCUAGGACAUUUGCAGUGAUAAACAUCCGCACCAGUCAGACGAGUAGCGCCAGCAGCAGCAGCAGUGGCAGCAGCAGAAACAUAAGCCGCAGCUUCCAAUACGCGCAUUCACUCUCCACACUAAGCACCGAGCUCACGAUGGUAACGGCACAGCCGGCGCGCACCGCGCCAGUAAUCAACCCGCAGGCCGGCGCGCGGCAAGCCAGCAAUCCAUUCGACGCUGGCCAGCCGUCCACACGCGCAUCGCCAACGACCAUGAUGGUUAUGUAUGCAAGCGAGGGGCGCUGGCAGCGCAUCACGUUUCCGCCAAAUGUCACGGUGGGGCAGGCGCGCGACCUCUGCAUGCUGCGGUUCAGCGUCUGGCAGAAUCUGGUCAGGGACACUGCGCAGUCGGUGCAUUCCUCGUCAUCGAAUGCAGAGUCGCUCGGGAACGUCUCGAGUACAAGCAACGAAUCGGUGCGCGAGCAGUUCGGAUUGUACUGGGCGGCGCGCGGGCUGUGGCUCGAGAACAACCGGCUGCUCAGUUCAUAUGGGUUUGAAACAGCGGAUGUGCUGGAACUGCAGGACCGCGAAGACAUUGUUUUGCAGCAAGUAGAGGCGCCAGCAGCCGAGGGCCUGAUAUACCAUUUGCAGAAUAAAGGCGUAGGCGCGGCGUGGAAGCUCAAGUACCUGGUGCUGCGCAACCAGACGCUGUAUGUGUGCCGACGCAAAGGCGACGACAUUUCGAUGGCGCAGGUGGAGGUGGAUUUGACACACAAGUUCCGCAUUAUCGACCAAAACGGGCAGGCCAGCCGGGAGGCGGCUACCAGCGACAGGCUCCCCGACGCCAGUGCUGAGAUGGCGCUGGGGCUGGCCAGCGCGCACGGGCGGCAGAUGGGCGGGGACGGGGCGCCAUUGCUGGUGCUGAGCGGGAAGAAAGUCCAUGUGUUCUGCACACAGUCCCUGGUCGACUACGAUUACUGGCGGCGGGCGCUCCGGCAGGCGGCGGGCAGCCGGGGGUCGUCGCGGCGCUCCUCCAUGCCAUCAGGCGGCCCGCGCCACCCGCGCACUCCAUCGCUGGCGUCUACCACAGUCUCGAGCUCCAGCCCGACAAUGGGUGCAUUGCGCAGGUUCGUCUCCACGGCCUACCGCAAGCGCGCCGGUAUCGGGCUGCAACUAUGCCACUGGGCCGCGGAUUUCCGGAUCGUGCUUGAUCCAAUGGCGGUGUUUGUGGCGGGCGAGCAGCACGGCGACCGGUUCAUUGUGCGGCUCUUCGAUGUCUCCGAGUUGCUGUGGCUCGAGGUUGGCACGCAGCCGCAACGCGACCGGUGGCUAAACGCAUUGUGUGGGAUCGGCGGCAUUUCGCAGACGGAUUACUUUGACCUCGAAAGCAUCUGCAAUGGCACUGCGGCCGACCAGGACUUGUCGCUGCGGCGGUCAAGGUCGUUUGUUUCGACGAUUUCGCGCGCCGAGUGGCCAAUGCCGCCCAGUAUUAUGCCUAUGUCAUUGAGUAGCAUGGGGCCGACACUGCGCGGGUGGCGACCAAGGGGCAAGAAUAUGGUAAAGCAGCAUUUAGCCAGGGCGGAGAAAAGUGCUGGGAGCAAGCCGUCGCUGGACGCGGUCGGCGGGCAGGCAGACGAGUCCGAGGGGCUAUUGUCGCGGCUCCCGCAGUGGUUCAAGCGGCGAGGCUCACUGUCCAGCUAGAUAUUCUGCAUGUUCCGUGGUUGGUUUAUAUGUCGAAAUACGAAGCACUGGAAAUGAAUAGGCUGUAUGGUAUGGAUCGGCCGAUCAAGCUACGAGCGGCUGCAUGGCAUGCGAUCGGCUCGGGAAGCGCAGGCAAGCUGAACCGGCAAUCGGCUUCGUGAAGCGACUGCAAGGGUUAUGCGGGGUUUAGAAAAAAUUUUUCGCUUUGCCUUUUGCCUUCACAAUGUAUUUUUCU